AUGGCACAAUCUCGUAAUGUUAAUCAGCAUCCAGUAACUAAUUGGGUACCUAAUAAAGGCACCAUAAAACUAAAUAUUGAUCCAAGAUACGGAUUUUUUCGUCUUUCUCAAAUAUCCGGAAAACCUGAUUCUGAAUGGAAGAAAUAUGCAGUUGACAUUAAUGGUCAGAUCAAAUUUUUGUCUUGGGGUAUAAUUCCAGAGACUUUAGGAGUUGCUUCAAUAAUUAGUACCUUAGACGGUGGCUAUGCCAUUGUGUAUGCUAACGUCACCAACUCUAGUAGUAUAGAUCCUAAUGGCCUAUUUGCAGUGCGUCUGGGACUGUAUGCUAUAUUUAUUUCACGUAAUCAACAGACUCCAAGCAUUCCUUAUAUACUAUUCCAAACUUCAUUGUCAGAAGUGAAUGCUACUUUUGUAAAGUGUUCUGUCAAUUAUGUUAGAGUUGGACACAUAUGCAUAUUAACUAUAGAACAUUUUAAAAUCACAAAUUUUUCACAAUCACCCCUUACUCCUUUUUUUAAUCCAAUGUGCGUAAAAGUUCGGUUUCUUUCUUCAGGAUCGGUAUUAUCUUCAAAUACAUCCGAAUACAUGGAUCCUAAUUCAAAUAUUUCCGUAUAUGGCCCUAAAACGGCUUCCGAAUAUUUUGUCACUCCAUUGACUUAUGGAG